UGAGCUAAUAAAUUUAAAAUAAGCAUUAUUUAUGAAGACAUAGAUUGUGAUAGUUAAAAUUAUGAUUAGAUGGAUGCGAAGAAUGUAGACAUUGACGAUCAUGCUUCUUGGCCUGAGGCUAUUGAAUCACAUUAUAUUGGUCUUUUGUAUGAAGAGGCUAAAAAAUGAUUCCAAACAACAACCAUGGACAAAAAAGGAUGGCUAAAAAUAGAAAAUGACAUAUUUAAUUCUUUUGAAAGAGAUAUAAAAUGCCUCAAUUGAAAUCCAAAUUCAAUCGGUUGAGAAAGGCACAUCGAGAAUUUUCUCAUCUUUUGGAACAAACUGGUAUGGGAUGGGAUCCUCAAACAAAUACUGUUACAACAAGUGAUGAAGUAUGGGACACUUAUCUAAAGAAAUAUCCAAAUGCCAAGAGAUUUCGAAAAAAAGGAUUGCAACAUUAUGAGAUGCUUGGAGAAAUAUUCAAUAAUACAACAACCACUGGUGGUAUGAGUUAUGCCUCCACUCAACUUCCGCCUUCUUUAGUUGAGGAACGCCAACAAGAGCGUCAUUUUGUUGGCACUGGAGCACAUGUUGAUAUUGAUCUUGAAUUUGAUGGUGAUAAUUAUGGAGAGGAAGAAGAAGUUACUGGUGUACGUCAUCGAGCUACUUCUGCUCCACCAGAUGCACCAAAACCAAAAGAGAAAAAGAACAAAGGGGCUAAUUCUACCUUCGACCAAGUGAUGGGAGAACUUGCAAAAAGAAUUUCUGCUAAGAUUGAGGCAUCAUUAACACGGAGUGAGACUAUACGUAAGUAUUAUGAAUCGAGAGAAAAAAGAAUUAGCGAGGAAACCAGCAAUGUCACUAAUUCUUACAAUGUGGAAGAUUGUCAAAGCAUUCUUGAUGGUAUUCCAGAUCUGGAUAACAAAAUAUACCUCAAAACGUUGCAUGAGUUUGUAGCAACCCUUGAAUGGCGCGGAAUAUUCAUGAGAAUGAAUGAGGAGCGUCGACGUGCUUAUCUUGAUUCAUUGUUGGAGUGA